AUGAAGUCAAUCGUUCUCAUCGCUGCAGUUUUGACGGUUUUGUCUGUACAGCUUAUAAGCGCAGCGGACGAUAUAGAAUCGCUGAUUGAAUCCUGCAGCAAGAUUGUGCAAGGAAUGACGGAAGAUUUGAAAACUGAAUACCGUAUGAACGCAUUUCCGGACGAUCCAGUUACACAUUGCUUCGUGAGAUGUCUCGGGCUCACACUUAAUCUUUACGACGAUGACGAAGGGAUCAAUUUGCAUGCGAACUGGGAACACCUGGGCAGAGCGGAUGACGAGAUCCAAUUUAUCACUACACAUCGCGCCUGUCUGGAUGACAGAAAUUUGGAAACGAUCGACAAUCCGUGCGACCGUGCGUACAGUGCAUUUCAAUGCCUAAAGGAAGAGUACGGCAUGGACCAAACAAGCAACACCACCAGCAGUUAG